AUGCUCCUCUCCCGUGCUACCCCCGCCCUCCGCGCCUCGUCGCGCCAGUUCGCCGGCGCUGGUGCUCCCAAGAAGGAGCCCUCCAACUGGGGCAUGAUCUUCUCCGUCGCCGGUGUCGCUGGUCUCGCUGCUUACGCUUACAUUAACCGCACCGAGGCUCAGAAGAAGAAGGCUGCCGCUGCCUUCCCCGCCAUCCCCGGCCUCGACCCCAAGGAGUGGACUCCCCUUACCCUCGAGGAGGUUAAGAAGUACAACCACAACUCGCACACCUUCAAGUUCGACUUCGAGGGCGACGACAAGGACCAGAAGACCGCCGGUCUCUCUGUUGCUGGCUGCAUCCUCGUUCGCAGCCCCACCGGCGAGGGCCAGGUCAACGACGACAAGGGCAAGCCCGUCAUCCGCCCCUACACCCCCGUCUCGGCCCACGACGCCCGCGGCCACAUCGAGCUCCUCAUCAAGGAGUACCCUACUGGAAAGCUUACCCCUUGGCUCUCUAGCCUCAAGCCUGGAGACAAGGUCCUUUUCAAGGGCCCCAUGAAGAAGUACCAGUACCAGGCCGGCAACUUCGACCGCGGUGUCUUCGUCGCUGGCGGCUCCGGCAUCACCCCCGCUUACCAGCUCAUCGACUACGCUCUCGAGAACCCCCAGGACAAGACCAAGUUCACUCUUCUCUACGCCAACGUUGAGGAGGAGGACAUCCUUCUCCGCGAGAAGUGGGACAAGCUUGCCAAGGCCCACCCCGACCGCCUUCAGGUCGUCUACUUCCUCGACAAGCCCCCUGCCAACUGGAACGGCGAGUCUGGCUACGUCUCCAAGGACAAGAUCCAGAAGUACUUCCCCGCCAAGAAGGAUGGCGAGAAGGUCAUGGCCUUCGUCUGUGGCCCCCCUCCCCAGGUUGCCGCCGUUGCCGGCCCCAAGGACGGCAUGAAGCAGGGCGACGUCGGUGGCGCCUUCAAGGACCUCGGCCUCACCUCCGAGGAGGUCUUCAAGUUCUAA